AAACUGCCCCUGCCCGCCCGCACCGCCGCGGCCUCCGUCCAGGGCGGCCCGGGGGCCCGGCCGGGCGCGGUGAAGCGCGGGGCAGGGUCCGCUCCCCGGCACCCCGGGGACGUCCGCCCAGGCCCGGGCGAGGCGAGGCAAGGUGGCGGGGCGUGCCCGGCCCGGCACUGGGGCGGGCAGGAGGGAGGCGGCCGGGGCGGCGCGCACAGGCUCGCCCGCACCUGCUCCCUCCUUCGCCGCCGCCGCCGCCUCCUCCUCCUCCUCCUCCUCGCCCACCUGGCCGCGGCUCGGCCGUCCCCGCCGCGCUCGGUAGCAGCCGCCGCCACAGCAACAUGUUGCCCAGGGGAGCCUCGUCCAUGCCGCCGCCUCCCAACCCCGCUGCCUACUUCCCGCCCCCCCGGGUCACUUUGCCCUCCGGCCUGGAGAUCCUGCGCACCUACUCGGGAGCCGUCAUCUUCCUGGAGAUCCUGUUUGGAACUAUAGUCUGGAUUUUGGUAGCUUCUACCCAAGUUCCACUGCCGCUACUGCAGGGAUGGGUAAUGUUUGUAGCGGUGACUGCGUGGUUCCUGUCUGUUGUGUUCCUGUGUGUGUUUCUCUUCGGUUAUGCAAAUAGAAUUGCUGUCAACUGGAACCAGACGGAUUUUCUUUUCCAUGGGGUUACUUUUGUCUUUUAUUUUGGAGCUUUUCUACUGCAAGCAGCAACUACAUCUCUGCAUUACUUUCCCCGGAAAUUCAAUUCCACCACACAGGAGAAGCUUCUAGCUGAUCAUGAAUAUAACAUAAGCAUAGCAGCCUCGAUUUUUGCCUUUGCUACAGCUGUUUGUUAUGGUUGCAGCACAGCCCUGGCAUUAAGGAGAUGGAGGCUAUAGCAGUUGAAGAGAGGUUAAUGCCGGGGGUUCCACUUCAGAUCAAACUAAGUGCUACUGGUCUGUUUUACUGUAAUCUAAUUCCAAAAAGAUUUUCUUUGCUUAAAAUCUGUUUUAAAGUGCUGAAAUGCAAAUAACCCCUAAUCAGGAUUUCCUUAACAGAAAACAAGUUUCCAUCUCUUCCCUUUCUAAUUUUUACUUCUAUUGUGUACUCAUUAGAAGCAUGCUUAUUGUAUGGUAUUACAGAGUUCAGGGACAAACAGAUGUGUCAUUAGCAGGUAAACAGAAUUCCAGUGCUAAAUCAGAAGAGGAAGACAAUGGAAACUAAACCAACAUGUUAGCUGCAUACGCAGGUAGAAAGCUCCCCCCUUUUUAAGGCCCUGGUAUUGGGCCUUAAGUGUUUUGCAGCAUUACAGUGCAUUCCACAGAGGCAGGGCCUUGAGACUCCUUGUAGAGUCAUGGGUUUUCUGUGUGCUGCUCCUUGCAUGAUCAGACCCCAAGCUGACUUUGUGAUACCAACUUAGUAUAUAUAUUAUUAACUUUGAUGUACAGAGAAAAUAUUUUAAAUAUCCAUCCAGUGAAAUCUUUUGAUACUCUUUUAUAGCCAUAUCCAGCUAUAGUCAUCUGACCCUUAAAACUUACUGUAUUCCGUAGUAGAUGGAAACUGUUUGGGACUGUCAGUCAGUAGUUCACUAGUUUUAGGAAUUUAGCUUAAUCAGAUCUAUUUAUACUGCAAAACAAAACAGUGCAUUUGUGUUGUGUGUGUAUAUACAUGGUAUAUUUUUGUUUAACAGGAAUAUUUGCACUGUUUUACUUUGUUGUUUGUUUGUAUUACUUCAAGUGCUGCAUUUGUUACUUAUUAUGUGAGUCAAUAUAAUUUGAACGGAAUGUUACCAGAUGGUGAAUAAUGUCUGA